AUGCACUUUGCACUUCGUCCACGCAGAUGCCUGGUGCUGUGUCUCGGUCUGUCAGUGUUCACUUUGCUGCUGCAGAGCUUCUUGGUUCCCCUGGAGAUGACCAGGGAUGAACCUGCAGGGAAAUCACCUGAGGAGCAGGGUCCACGUGGCCUAGGCUUACGUAGGAUGGCUGUCCGGUUACAGGCUUUGAGUUCUCAGGUGCAGAGACUGAGCAGAGAGAGUGAUGCCGCUCAUCUCACCAGAGAUGAUUUCAAUCUACUCCUACAGAGCCUCAGACAGAACCAACAAGACUUGUCCCAUUUGGUGGAGCGGGAGCUGAAGAGAGUGUCUCAGAGACUUGACCAGCUAAGUCAACAUCAUCACCACCGCCAUCAGUUUGACACACCACCACCACACAGCGACACCAGACACACAGGGCCCAAUGAGAAGUGUGAGGUUCCGAUGGUUCCUGCAUAUCUACUGUGCGCUGCGAAAGUAGAGUUUCUGCAGGCACGAUGGCAGUCAGACCCUUGCUAUGCCUUUUAUGGGGUGGAUGGCACCACUUGCUCUAUAUUGAAUUAUCUCAGCCAAAUAGAAGACUUUUGUCCCCCCCGUCCCGGAAGGAACCAGUCUGCGCUGCCGUGGCACCAGAAACGUCACUCAUACACUGGGAAGGCUGAGAUACGUACAACUCUAAGUCCACUAUAUGACAUCAUGAGCAACAGCGCCAGCCCUGCAAUAAAAUUCAUGAGGUCCAGAGUAGAGAGGAUGUCUGAACAGUGGAUACAGGCUGCACUGAGGAUGAGACCGAAUAACAAGAUGGCAGGAUCGCCUCCGAUGAGGGUGCUGCUCUAUCCCGGUGCCCUGACUGGCAGUGUUGGCCAACAUUUCGAAGCCAUGGUGGAGAGAGGAGGUCCUCUCGGAGAGCUGGUCCAGUGGGCAGACCUGGGUGCCUGUCUGACCAUCUUGGGUCACAACCUGACCCUCAGCACCUCACAGCACCACCUCCACAGCCUGAUAGGAGCCGCUCCAGGCCGAGGGAGCUGCCCAAUACAGAAACCCCUGACAUUUGACCUCAUCUAUACUGACUACCAUGGCCUCGCUCACCUUCAAGGAAGCAUGGGUCUAGCUUUUCUGCAUUACCAGUGCCGCUUCAGAAUCGUGGACUCAUUUGGGACGGAACCAGCCUUUAAUUUAGGGGAUUAUGCCAGCAGUCAUGGAUAUAAAACCCUGUGGGGCAGCUGGGGCCUCCAACCUCUGCAGUACAUGACAAUGUUCCCUCAUACCCCUGAUAACUCCUUCCUGGGCUUUGUCACUGAAGACACAAUGAAGGACAAGGAGCUGGAGCCAGACACAUACACAAAAGAUCGGAUAGCAGUAGUCUACGGCAAACAGGACUACAUGUGGCAGGGUAAAUCUGAAUAUGUGGAGGUAGUCAGUGAGGAACUGGAGACACAUGCUACAGUCUACCAUCCUCCUGGGCAAACCUCUAACUUACCCAGCUUUGUCAUCAACCACGGUCUUCUGUCUCAGACGCACUUCCUACGACUUCUCCAGAAAUCUAAGGUCUUUGUCGGUCUUGGUUUCCCCUAUGAGGGUCCAGCUCCCAUUGAGGCGGUCGCUCUGGGUUGUAUCUUCCUCCAACCACGAUUUGACCCCCCACACACCGCGGACAACAAUUACUUCUACAAAGGAAAGCCCACGACAAGAAAGAUCUCUUCACAGCACCCAUAUGCCGAAGAAUUCAUUGGUAAACCUUACGUUUGGACUGUGGACAUGACCAACAGGACUGAUAUACGAGAGACAGUCAGGACAAUUUUACACACAAAGGUGAAGCCUUUCAUCCCACGAGAGUUCACCUGUGAGGGCAUGCUGGAGAGGGUUCAGAGUUAUGUUACUCACCAGAACUUCUGCAGUAAAUCUCUCCCCUCUUGGCCACCUGAAACUGCUUUAAGGGUGCACCUGGGUCCACUGGGUCAGUCGUGUGUGCGUGUGUGCCGGCGCUCCUCCCUCGUGUGUGAGCCUGCUCUGUUUCAUCAGCUCAACAGUCUGGCUGCAUUCAUCAGACUUGGGCUAAGUUGCUCCAACAUGUGGCAGGAAGUCAACCACCUGUUCCCAGCAUACAGUCCUUGGGGUCGCAAUUGCAGCCUUCAACAAGAGCCACUGCUGUUUAGCUGUGCCGGUGCCGACCCUUCCCUCCGCAGGUUGUGUCCCUGCAGAACUCACCUACCUGGACAGGUGGCGCUAUGCCCAGACUGACU